CUUCGGUUUAGUGGUUAUCGAACCCAUUACACGCAACCAAGCGAAGUGAUGUCAUCAAAAGCUGAGAACAAAUUAAUUAUAUACUCGUCUACUGUACUUCGAACACUUGUAAAAGCAAGUAAACGGAGAGACCUACCCGAUAGUCCCAAAACCAGUUUUGCGAUCGCUUUAAACUUUAAAAGAAGGAUUUCUGCAUUGUCUCCCUGGAUCCUGCUCCUAUUUUGAUAAUUUAACCAGCGCUGGAGUCAAUGUAAAUUGUAACAGAAUUAAUUUAGAUAUGGUUGCAUUUGGGUGGAUCUUGUUGUUUUAUAUCAGCAGCGGACUUUGCGACGACACGACACCACCGACGUAUCAAAUCAUUCUUAGAAAUUUUACGCCAUCCGCUCCUCCUCCCGAUGGUCAGCCCACUGUCAUUAAAGUUGGAGUUGUCCUAUCUCGAAAUGCAUCGUCCAGCGAUAGCAUGCAUAAAGCAGCCAAUAUUCUCCCUGCGCUGUACGUGGCGUUCAGGGACGCUCUUCCGCGAUACAAUAUCAAGUAUGAGGUCAAGCUGGAACUGUACGACGACUGUCGAAGAGCAGCGUAUGACGGUGUGAAUGUUCCUUUACCAUUCGAAACAUUCAACAAAACGGUCAGUCUUCUCUUGGACCAAGGCAUUGCGGGGAAUCUAAUCGUAGCUCCUGCUUGCACGGAGGAUAUGUUACAAUCCACGUUGUUGACUUCAGCGUACCCCACAAAUGUGGCAACCGGGGGAGGUGAACUGAUCGAUACCACGGCACAGUAUGCUUACUUGAACAGAUGUUCUUACAACACGUUCUCGCAGUGGAGUUCACUGAUGUUAUUUGCUGCACAACAGAACUGGAGCCGUUUUGCUGUAUUUUAUGAUAGCGAUGACGCUACACUGAAGACCAAUGCGCUAAGUUUGAUAUCGAAUCUGCAAAUUGCAUCCACCAUUCCCAACACAUACGAAGUGCAUUAUCCAUUAUAUUCUCACACCAAUAUCACCGCAGCAUUUUUGAGCGCAAGCAAAUCUGCGAGAAUCUUUGUCCUCCUGGUAAGAGGAGACCGACUGCGUAACUUGAUGCUUAAUGCGUCGAAUUUGAAGAUGACAAACGGCGAGUACGCUUUCUUCACACUGGACGUAUUCGCCACGGACGUCCUAGCGCACAAUGGCUGGAAACGAGGCGACACAUUUGAUAAUCAAGCGAAACAAGCUUAUCAGUCCGUGAUGGUUAUUACCCUCCAUGACAAAACCCAGAGCGCAGCUUACAAAUAUUUGGACCAAGAAGCAAAGAAAAUGCUGGAUGCUAUGCCAGAGUUGACUGAAUUUCGCAAUGACUACGAUGGUUUGAAUUACUUUGCCUCGGCAUACUACGAUUGCAUCCUGUACUGCGCGUUUCAGUACAAUCUCAGCCUCGGAGAUGGAAUUACUGACCUUACAGCGGAGGAAACUAUGGCUAAUGUGUCAACAUAUCUUUGGGGUCAAUCUGUAUUUUAUGGUGGUGCCAGUGGUGACAUGUUCAUUAUGAUUACUGGAGACCGAGAUGAUGAUUUCUCCAUUCAUGCAAUGACGGAUCCAGACGCUGGGACAUAUUCUGUGAUUGGUUCUUAUUGGGGAUACUUGUCCAAUUUCACCCAAACAGCCGAUAUACCAUGGCCCGGUGGCAAAGCGCCGUUGAACGAGCCGGUUUGCGGCUACACAGGAACUAACUGCACGACCGGUGGCACCAGUGAUGUUAUGGAAAUAUCAUUUGGCAUCGGAAUACCAAUUGUAUUUAUGCUGGCGUAUGCUGCACACCGGCUACGGAAACAUGCGGUGGUUCAAAAGCGACAAGACGAGAUGUGGAUUGCGAGGUGGAGCGAAUUAAAAAUAAGAAGCAAAGACAAAGAAAAAGAUAAAGAGAAAAAAAUGCUAGCAGCAAUGACUGCUAAAAAGGAAGAAGAACACAUUCCUGGCGCUUCUAUGGGGGCUUCAAUGGGCAUGACUUUGUUUGCAGGUAUGGGUAAGCAUGACCGUUGCUUAGGCGAAUCAAUGGGGAAUGCUCGUGUAACUGCCUCCGCCUUUUGGAAGAACCAUCCCAUCACUGUGCGCUGGUCAAAGAAACAGGUUUUGCGUAUGAAUAACACCAUUCUGCGGCAAGUUCGCCAGAUGUUCAAACUGGAACAUGACAACCUUUUGCCGUUUCUUGGAGCAUGCAUUGAGAGGGACCAUGUACUGAUGAUCUACGAAUUUUGCAAUAAGGGAACGCUUCAUAAAGCUCUGGAUAAUCCGAACGUUAAAUUAGAGUGGACGGUUCGCUUCAGCUUUCUUAGUGACUGCACUAAAGGGCUCGCGUAUCUUCACAACAGUUCCUUGAGGGUGCAUGGACGGUUGACAUCCAUGUGUUGCUAUAUCGACUCUGGAUUUAUGCUAAGAAUUGCCGAUUACGGUUUACCGGCAUUCUAUGAACUUACUGUAGCGGAACUGUGGGAAGCCAGACGGGAUCCGGAAUAUCGUUUAGCCCAAGUUUGGAAAGCUCCCGAACAUCUUGUUAAAGAAGCCUCAUCACAAAUCGAAGUUAUCAAUUCAAUGAGUCAACCAGGCGAUGUAUACAGCUUCGGUGUGAUCGCGCAAGAAAUCAUCACAAGACGAAGACCAUUUGCCAGGGAAGAUACCCCGGAUCCUGAAGCAGGAGCGAUUAUUGAGGCUGUAAAGGCAAGCACGGUUAAAGGGAACGCACCAUUCAUUCCAUAUAUCGAGCCAGAUGCAUGUUCACCGGAGUUACGUGACCUUUGCCUAAAGUGUUACACAAUGGAUCCAGCUAAACGGCCAACAGCUCAAGAUUUGAGAAAGGCACUGCGAGAGCAAGGAAAACUUAUAGGAAUGACCGAGCACUCGAAUGUUCUUGAUACUCUUUUGCUACAAAUGGAAGCUCAAUCUGCUCGUCUUCAAGCGAUUGUGGAGGAGAAAAAUCAUGAGCUAUUGGACGAGAAACUGAGAAGCGACACUUUGCUUUACAAAAUACUGCCGAUGGACAUUGCAGAGACUCUCAAAAAGGGUACGAGGCCGAAUGCUGAAAAUGUAGAAUUGAUCACUGUGGCUUAUAUCGAUAUUCUUGGAUUCAAUACGAUGGCGUCGGAAAGUACACCUCUGCAAGUUUUGGAAUUUCUGAAUGACCUUUACGCAUUUUUCGAUGAGAAUAUUUCAAAAUUUGACGCCUAUAAGAUCGAAAAUCGGAACGACGUUACGCAGAUUGUUUCCGGCCUACCAUUACGAAACGGAAUACUUCAUGCAAGAGAAAUUGGACGGUUGGCUCUGACAAUCUUAUUCAAGAUAAACAGUUUCAAAAUAAAACACCGACCGGAUGAUCAGAUGAAGCUUCGCAUAGGAAUUCACUCUGGUCCGGUUGUGGCGGCCGUUAUAGGGCGUAAGCUACCCCGCUAUUCCCUUUUUGGAGCUACAGUAGACAUUUGUCUCAGGAUGCUGACGAGUGGUGAAGCGUUGAAAAUUCAAUUAAGUUCCAUGACGAAAAAUAUCUUGGAAACGUUUGGAAGCUUUCGUUUAGUUGAAAGAGGAGAAAUUUUUGUUAAAGGAAAAGGAGCAAUGAAAACAUACUGGCUGAUGGGAGAGGAUGGCAAUAUGGAGUUACUGGAGUUGCAAAAGAAAUUUGAAGAGGAAGAUAUUGAAGAAGAUUUGGGAGAACCAGGUUGAAACUGAAUGUUUAUGAAAGGAAUCCAUUGCGAUGACGAAACAGAUCAUUAUUGGCUAUUAUAUGGCAACUAAAAAAUGCAAAAUGAUUGAUAGCGGUAUGAAAAAAAAACAAUGAUUACGAAACAACAAUGAAAAAACAUUC